AACUGUGGACGCACCAGGACGGAUGAGCGCCAAACCCUAAUUCCGGUCCCUUCAAUCGUCAGCCGCGCUGGCGCCUGAAGACUUUGCAGCCUCCUCCCUCCCCUCUUCCCCUGUCUCCGUCCUCUGCUUCGGCCAUUCUCUAGCCCCUGCACACCCCGGCGGCAUCCCCUCUCCUUCUCCUUCCCCUUCUCUUCACUUCUCCACGGUGCGGUAAGGCGACGCUGCUGCUGCCUCUUUUGCAUCGCCCGAAAUUCGCACAUUCCGAGUGGAGGCCUUGGGAGAGGGCAGGUAGAGACACACCAGAUUAGGAUCAGUCCAUCGCGAUUUCGGGAGGUUUUGAGAACAGAUUGCGGUGUGCGCUAGUUUGAAUCAGAAGGUAGGAGUGUAUGAGUGCGUGGAAAAUUUUCUGUAGUAAAACCCUGCGGAAUCGGUGGUGAGUUUGGAUGUGAAUCGUCACUGAAAGGUUGAUCUUAUUGCGAUCAGGGAGACCGAAGACUGGUGGGGAGGACUCGAAGGAGUCGUUUGUGGUCGUUCUUGGCUGCAGCUGCAUCCGAUUGAGCACGAUGGCGAUGGAUACGGGGGUAGGUCAGGCCCUUGAUGCCCAAGUUGCUCUGGUGCUGGCAGGCGAUGGAGUGGCGCCCCUUGAAGCUCUUGUUGGCCAGCUGAUGAAUCCCGGGAAUGAGCAGCGAGGCCAGGCUGAGCAGCUGUUCAAUCACUUGAAACAGCAUCAUGCAGAUGCACUUGUUAUGAAGAUGAUCCAUGCCCUCCAGGUUUCCCAACAAUUGGAAGUCCGUGCGAUGGUGGCGAUUCUUUUGAGGAAACUUAUUACUAAGGACGAUGUGUCUCUGUGGCCACAACUUGCACCUGCUUCUCAAACAGCGGUGAAAGGCCAGCUCCUACUUUGUCUCCAAAGAGAGCAAGAAAAAAGCAUUUCAAAGAAGCUGUGCGAUACUGUUGCAGAACUCGCUGCUGGAAUCCUUGAGGAAGGAUUGUGGCCAGAGCUGCUUCCCUUCAUGUUUCAAUGCGUCAGCUCAGAUUCCAUGCGAUUGAGAGAGAGCGCUCUUCUGAUGUUCGCCCAACUUGCGCAGUACGUUGGCCCCCAGCUUAGGACUUACUUACCCACCCUUCACAACGUUUUUCAGCAAAAUUUGUCUGCACAAACAUCGGGCGAUGUACGCAUUGCAGCCCUUCGGGCCACUACGAACUUUGUCCAAACACUAGAAACUGCUCAAGAGAGGGAACGGUUCCAAGACCUUCUUCCAGGAAUGUUGCAGACUUUGUCACUUGCUCUCAACAACCAUGAAGAGGCUACUGCACAAGAAGCACUAGAGAUGUUCAUUGAAGUGGCUGGAGCUGAACCUCGGUUUUUGCGUCGCCAGCUUGGUGAAGUUGUUGGCAACAUGUUGCAAAUUGCCGAAGCAGAGGAGUUGGAAGAAGGAACUCGACACCUGGCAGUGGAGUUUUUGAUCACUUUAGCAGAGGCUAGAGAGCGGGCCCCUGGAAUGAUGCGAAAAUUACCUCAGUAUACCAGUAGACUUUUCGCUGCAUUGAUGAAGAUGCUACUAGACAUCGAAGACGAUCCUCAGUGGUACGUUGCCGAUACAGAAGAUGAAGACAAUGGAGAGACCGCUGAUUAUGAAGUGGGUCAGGAAUGCUUGGACAGGUUGGCCAUAUCUCUCGGAGGGAACACAGUGCUUCCCGUGGCAUCUCAAAUUUUGCCUUCCUUUGUCAACGAUGCGGACUGGAAGAAGAGGCAUGCGGCUCUUAUUACUCUUGCUCAAAUUGCUGAAGGGUGUGCCAAGGUUAUGAUUAAAAGUUUAGACUCAGUCGUCGGCAUGAUUUUGAACUCCUUUCGGGAUUCACAUCCUCGCGUGCGCUGGGCUGCCAUAAAUGCUAUUGGUCAGUUGUCCACUGAUCUAGGGCCCGACUUGCAACAAAACUACCAUCAGCAAGUACUUCCUGCACUGGUGAAUGCAAUGGACGAUUUCCAAAACCCCCGCGUUCAGGCACACGCUGCAGCAGCAGUAUUAAACUUCAGUGAGAGUUGCACUCCUGAGAUCUUGACCCCAUACUUGGACGGAGUCAUCUCCAAGCUUCUCGUUCUUCUCCAGAAUGGAAAGAGAAUGGUUCAAGAAGGGGCUUUGACUGCUCUUGCCUCAGUUGCGGACUCUGCCCAGGCUCACUUCCAGAAGUAUUACAAUGCCGUGAUGCCUUAUCUGAAGACCAUUUUGAUUGGAGCCAACGACAAGCAAAACCGCAUGUUAAGAGCCAAGUCAAUGGAGUGCAUCAGCUUGGUAGGUAUGGCUGUGGGAAAGGACAAAUUCAGGGAUGAUGCAAAGCAGGUUAUGGAGGUUCUCAUGACUUUGCAGGGUGCUCAAAUGGAGGAUGACGACCCUACCAUUAGUUACAUGUUGCAGGCUUGGGCCAGGUUAUGCAAGUGCUUGGGUCAAGAGUUUUUGCCCUACAUGAGCGUGGUGAUGCCACCACUGUUACGAUCUGCUCAAUUGAAACCUGAUGUCACUAUUACUGAUGCCGAUUCUGAUGAUGAGGGCAACGAUUCCGACGAUGACAGCGUGGAGACGAUCACUAUUGGGGACAAAAAAAUUGGCAUUCGCACAAGUGUUUUGGAAGAAAAGGCGACUGCAUGCAACAUGCUCUGUUGUUAUGCGGAUGAACUGAAAGAGGGUUUCUAUCCAUGGAUUGAUCAGGUUGCUCCUAUCCUAGUUCCCCUGUUGAAAUUCUACUUUCAUGAGGAAGUUCGGAAGGCAGCUGUGUCAGCCAUGCCCGAGCUGCUGCGUUCUGGUAAACUGGCUGUGGAGAAGGGACAAGCAACUGGGCGUGCUGAGACCUAUGUGAAACAGCUGGCAGAUUACAUUAUCCCACCUCUUGUAGAGGCUUUGCACAAGGAACCGGAGACGGAAAUUUGUUCCAGUAUGUUGGAUUCUCUGAACGAGUGCAUUCAGAUCGCAGGACCGUUGCUUGAUGCAAAUCAAAUCAAGUCAAUGGUUGAACAGUUUAAGCAGGUCAUUACGGCAAGUGUCACUCGCAAAAGGGAGCGAGCUGAGAGAACUCAAACUGAAGAUUUUGAUGCUGAAGAAGGGGAACUUCUUGAGGAAGAAAACGAGCAAGAAGAAGAGGUUUUCGAACAGGUGGGAGAGUGUCUGGGAUCUUUAAUCAAAACCUUCAAAACAGCCUUCUUGCCCUACUUCGAGGAAUUGAUUCCAUACAUCAAACCCAUGCUGGGUAAAGAACGCACUCCUGACGAAAGAAGAGUUGCCAUUUGCGUUUUCGAUGAUGUUGCUGAGCAAUGUGGCGACGCUGCGAUUAAAUAUUAUAGCUUAUUUCUACCAUCACUGUUGGAAGCUUGCAACGACGCCAGUGCUGAUGUUCGACAGGCAUCAGUAUACGGUAUUGGAGUAUGUGCUGAAUUUGGUGGAGAUGCAUUCAAGCCAUUAGUAGGAGAUGCUCUCGCAAGACUUAAUGCUACUAUCAGUCAACCCACCUCACGCUCGACAGAGAACAUCAUGGCAACUGAUAACGCUGUGUCCGCACUUGGCAAGAUUUGCGAGCACCAAAGAGACAGCAUUGAUGGCUCUACAGUUGUGCCAGCUUGGCUAGGAUGUUUGCCACUGAAAGGCGAUCUUGUGGAGGCCAAGAUUGUACACGAGCAGCUUUGCAAGAUGGUUGAGAGGUCCGAUCCGCUUCUUCUGGGUCCUAACAAUCAGUAUCUCUCCAAGAUCAUCUCCGUUUUUGCUGAGGUAUUGAGUGCUGGAACUGAACUAGUCACCGAGCAAACUGCCGCGCGUAUGGUUGGUUUAUUGAGGCAACUGAAGCAAACUCUUCAUCCUGAUGCGCUAGCGGCCACCUGGUCUGUCCUAGACCCUCAACAGCAGUCAACGUUGCAGUCAAUUUUGGGUGCUCCAUGAUCGCAAGAAGUUAAAUUUAGUUCAAGUUCCCUUUCAAGACAAAUUCAUCAUUGGAUAUUUAUAGUUGUAUGGGUUGCCCUAAAUUUUUGGUCCCGAGAAAUCUUUCCUUAGUUCGAUUGCUGAGGUGCCAAGACAAUGGUUCGUCAUUUGGGUUGUAGUGGAGCUAUUGUAGAUUUUCUACAUGGAUUGAACGAGGGAACAUCAAAGUCGGUGGAUUUAGAGAUCACGCAGAAAACUACUGGUGCGAAUGGGAAAUUUACCGAGCAGAAGUUAACCAUUGUGAGCGCCUGAUUUAGGAUUUACACCCUGUUAUCAUUUGUCACAACUGUGCUUUGGCACAAUACACCGUCCCUCAGAUUCUAACACGAAUCCUUCCAUAUUUUUAUUUUGUU